AUGUUCACUGCAACUUGUAACUCCACGCUUUCAGAAACCCAUUGGGAUACCGACACAAUUGUCGGGAAUUUGACUUUACAUACUUUAGGAUGGUUAAUAUGCGGUGGAUGUGCUAUAAUAGCUACAAUCAUUUCGCUAUUCUUGAUCCAUCAACAUGCGGGUCACUACACGAAUCCAAAUGAGCAGCGACAUAUUAUUCGUAUUCUUCUUAUGGUCCCGAUCUACGCAAUCACUUCUUGGCUAUCAUACGUCUGGUAUUGGCAUGCGAUUUAUUGGGAAGUAGCACGGGACUGUUAUGAGGCCUUCGCAAUAGCCGCUUUUUUCGCACUGCUGUGCAGCUAUAUUCACCCAACGCUUCGAGGCCAAAAGAACUUUUUCGCAAUACUAACAGUGAAACCAUGGCCAUGGCCUUGCGGUAGAAUGGCACAGCCGCGUAGUGGCUUAACUUGGUUUAAUAUCAUUUGGAUCGGGGUAUUCCAGUACGUUUUUAUCCGUGUCGCAAUGACAAUUACCGCAACAGUUACCCAAGCAAAAGGACUUUACUGUGAGGAAUCAUUGCACCCAAAAUAUGCGCAUCUCUGGACCAUGUUUUUCAAUAUGGUUGCCGUAACCAUUGCAAUGUACUGCCUCAUUGCUUUUUACCUGGGAGUUAAAGAGAAAUUAGCGCCCAACAAGCCCUUCUUCAAACUUCUCUGUAUCAAGCUGGUCAUCUUCUUCUCAUUCUGGCAGAUGAUUCUUCUUGACCUUCUUACCUCCGCCGGUGCAAUCAAAUCUACAAAAUACAUGUCACUCGGCGAUAUAUCUGUGGGCUUCAACUCACUCCUCAUCUGUUUCGAAAUGAUAAUAUUUGCUAUCCUCCACUUAUUUGCAUUCACCUGGAAAGACUAUGAUAAAGGCCCAACAAACAUGACUCCUGUGAUGACUUCCCUCUUAGACGCUUUCAACCCAUGGGAUAUUGUCCGCGGCAUUGCCCGCGGUACUCGCUGGCUUAUUUGUGGCAUUGGUCGCCGCGAACGUGAUCAUGAGAAGAUCCGGAAGCGCCUGGGGCUAGAAGAAGAAGCAUCUGGUCUUGUCGGUGCCGCCGCUUCUUUCGCCGGUGCAGGCAAUUACUCUCCCCCACCACCACCACCACCACAGCCUACGGGUCCAGACGCACUACCAACCCAUCCGGCACCUCAGAAAUCACAGCAACUUAAGGUACAAACAGCAGGCUAUGGUGGAUACUCGCCCGAGCCGGUGGAAAUGCACAACUCGCCGGCAAGAUCACCUGCGAGUUAUUCGCAGCAGGUGGCGGUAUCAGGGUAUGGUAAUGCGUUGGCCUCGCCACAUGAAUGGCAUGGAAGGUAUCGGGACCAGAGCCCAUCGCCCGUGGAGUUGAGUUAUCCUACAACAAAUUAUAUGCCGAGUGUGACGGCGCAUCAGCUCCACGGGAGCCCAGUGUAUCUGCACAGUCCGAAUGAUAGUGCUGGGGCAGGGCUGCUACCAAUAGUGGGUGGGCAGAGCCCAAGGCCGAGUUAUAAGCCCUAUGAGCAGCAGGGCAGGGGCCAACAAGGCGGUGGCGACUAUCACAAACCAUUCUAG